AUGUCGUCCUUCAACCCUCAGCACUACGCCAAGGUCAAUCAUACGCUAGUAGAAGAGCUCAGCAUCAAGCAACGCCUGACCCGCUUAUCCACGCCAAAUCCGUGUUUUAUGCACUGGAAUCUGGGCAACAAGAGCAAGCGUGGCACGGCCCGCAAGCGCUCGACCCAGCGAGCAAGCGCAGCGCAGCGGCCUGCUGUUUCCAAGCUGGAGGAUGAGGUCUCCCGGUUCUUCGAGGCUUCGCGUCUCGAGACGAGGGAUGUCCGGUCCGUGACAAAUCAAAGGAGAUUAUUAACGUUCAGGUUUUGGCUAGAGGAGUGUAAACGAGUGACUGAGAAAACGGGCAAGGCGAGCGAUGUGCCCGACGGGCUACACAUCGCCUUCUUUCUGCACAUGGGCAAGUAA